AUGGACAAAUGGGAUCCUCUUGUCAUUAACAACUUGGCUGCCAAUCGUCGUGUCAUCACGGUCGAUUACCUUGGUGUCGGACUCAGCACUGGUGAAGUGGCUAACUCUAUUCGUCAAUCUGCAGCCGACAUCUCUCAGUUUAUCGAACUCAUCAAGGAACCCGAGGUUGAUCUGCUUGGCUUUAGUAUUGGUGGCUACGUCGCUCAGAUGGUCGCACUUAACUCUGAUCCCACCAAGGUCAAGAUUCGCAAGCUGAUCCUUGCUGGUACCGGCACUAGCUACGGUAAAGAUCUAGCCCAGUCAACGAACGAUGAUGUUGGUGCUGUUGCUGGCGUAAAGGAUGUCAACAUUGACGUCUUCAAGACUUUGUUCUUCCACAAGAAUGAACAAGGCGACGCUGCUGCAGAGGCAUGGUGGGGUCGAAUCCACGAGAGGAAAGAAUCUUCUUGUGGUGAGGAGGUUUCUCAGUGGUUGAGUAGUGGAUACAAAGAUCAAGGCAAAGGUAUCAAGGGCCAGGCGACCCAGGGGCAUGACUUCACCAUGACUGCCGAGACAAGCGGCGGCGAGGAUGGGGCAUAUGAUCGUCUAUCAGAAAUCAAGAUUCCUGUUCUGGUCGCAAACGGAAACAACGACUACAUGAUCCCCACAUCAAACAGUUACCUUGUCUACCAGAAGGUUCCGAAAGGCCAACUCAUUCUUUAUCCCAACAGUGGGCAUGGGUUCCUUUUCCAGUAUGCGACAACCUUUGUAAAGCACGUUGAGCUGUUCCUGGAAGGCUAG